AUGAGAUAUAAAAACUUGUCAACAGUUGCACCUGCAAACCGAGCAGCAACUUGCUGGCGAGGGGAGGAGGAGAGACCUCCGAUGCUGGAAGAGGCGUCGGAAUUCAGUCGCAGCCACCCGCCAGCACAAGAGAGUCGGGCUCCUAUCUCCAAGCUGUCCAGGCUGCAGACCCGCGGGAUGGCGAAUGUUUCCAAUAGUACUUUCGGCUGCGAUUACGUGUCCUGCCCUCUCUUCCCCGUCUCCACCUUGAUCCCAGUGACAAUAGUCUGCAUCGUGCUCUUCAUUGUCGGGGUCACUGGUAAUGCAUUGACUGUGCUGAUCAUCCGAAGAUACAAGAACAUGAAGACCACUACCAACCUCUACCUGUCCAGCAUGGCGGUGUCGGACCUGCUGAUCUUCCUCUGCCUGCCUUUCGACCUGUACCGCCUGUGGAGGUACAAACCUUGGCUCUUCGGGGAUUUCUUGUGCAGAUUUUAUCAGUACAUCAACGAAGGUUGCACAUACGCCACCAUCCUGCAUAUCACAGCUCUGAGCAUCGAGAGGUACCUGGCCAUUUGUCUGCCUCUCAAAGCCAAGGUGCUGAUCACCAAGCGAAGAGUCAGGUCAGUCAUCGCGCUGCUGUGGACGCUCGCCCUGGUGUCCGCCGGACCUUUCUUCUUUUUGCUCGGCGUGGAACAAGACAUGUGCAAACAUACCGAGUACGCCGUCAACUCGGGUAUCCUCGAUAUCAUGAUCUGGGUCUCAACCGUCUACUUCUUCUUCCCCGUGUUCUGCCUCACUUUCCUCUAUGGUUUCAUAGGGAGGAAACUGUGGAAAAACAAGGACGACAUCAAGGGUCCCAAUGCUGCAAACAGGGAAAAAUAUCACAAGCAGACAGUCAAGCUCUUGGCUGUUGUUGUCUUGGUGUUUGUUGCCUGUUGGUUGCCUUUCCACAUUGGUCGUAAUCUUUUCUCCAACCUCUCGAGGAGUAACAGCCUCGACCUGUUCGUUUUCAGCCAGUAUUUCAACGUCGUCUGCCUGCUGCUAUUCUACUUCAGUGCCUCCAUCAACCCCAUUCUCUACAACCUCAUCUCCCGAAAAUACAGGACGGCAGCGCGCGAAUUGCUGUUUUCUCGAAAAGUCUGGACGUGGUCCAUAUCCAGCAACAGGGAGACCAGGGAUGACACUUUAGGCGGCACCGAGACCAACACGCGUGUCUAAAGGAGGCCAGAAGUGUGUUGCAUGAACAGUGAAUUCAAGGGAAUCAUUCCAAAUGUUGUAUUUCUGGAAACCCUCGUUCUCCUUUUCUCAAAUCCCCUGUGUAAAUGUAUACAUUGUAUUCUGCUCAUUAAAUAGCUCGCUUCUA